AUGGGAUUUAUUAAGGAUUCAAUUCAUUUAAUAAUUGACGGGCAGCAGUUUAUCCUUCAAAUUUUGGAAUCAGAUCUACCGAUAGUUUUGGAAGAAUGGGAGGAUAAUUCUUCAUCGAACUCUUCUGAUGAUUCGGGUAGCGUCAAAAAAUCAGUUUCAAUCAAGGGCUGUCGAGAAGAUCUUAUUACGGCUGAAACAGUUGAGGUUCUUCCAGCUCGUGUGGGUUCAGCAGUGUCAUCGCUUGUUUUCCAUCUACAAUCAACUUCUCAUCAGAAUUUUGAUGGAGCAGCGGUAGGAAAAACUGAUAAUUCAAACGCUAGUUCAGCCAGCCCGGACUCAUCUUUCUCAGACAGCUACAUCAGCAACAUGAAUGUAAUGAUCUCAGCUACAACAGACAAAAUUAAAAAGGAGAUUGAAGCUCGCAACACUUGGCAAGGGGGGUUAUCUUUUGCCCGUAAAAAACGUUUUAUUCGUUCGUUGGUGUCUUCUAAUAAUAUUUCUUUGUUGGGUCUUAUUGAAACAAAAAAAGAGGUGUUUGAUGAUUUUAGCAUUCGAUUCUUGGGGCCUCACUUGGACUUUGAUUACUGUUUUGUUCCAUCUACUGCAACUUCGGGUGGUCUGUUAUGUGUUUGGAACUCAAAGUCUAUUUCUCUGAUGAGGAUUGUUAAAACUAAUAGAUGGAUUACUUUGGACUUUAUCUCGAGUGGUCUGAUUGUUAGAUUUAUUUUGGUUUAUGCUAGCAAUUGUCCAAGAGAGCGAGCUUUGAUGUGGGCUGAUAUUCUUCCGGAAUUUAGUUUGGAUUUUAUUUUUAUUCUUGUUGGCAAUUUUAAUGAGAUUCUGCAUCCUUCGGAACGCUUUAAUUGCACGGAGUUUUCCUCGUCUAUGUUGGAAUUUUCAGAUUUUAUCUCUAAUUCUAACUUGAUAAAAGCUUCUUUACAAGCCUUGCCUAGAUCAUAUUCGGAUCACGUCCCUAUUCUUUUCAGCUCGGAAUUGAAAACAGACUGGGGUCCUAAACCGUUCAAAUCCAUUAAUGCUUGGUGGAGUCACAAAGAAUUUAACUCUUUUGUUGAGAAUUCUUGGAUUUCUAUCACCCUUAGGCAACCUAGUGCGAAUUUGGUGUUCAAGCUGAAGGAAUUUCGUAAAUUGUUGAAAGCUUGGAACAGGGACAUAUUCGGCAAUAUCGAUACUCGUCUUGCUGAUGUGCAGGCAGCAAUUGUUGACAUGGAAACAGGCUCGGAUUUUCAUAGCCUUUCUUUAGCAGACGGUACAAGGCUCGCAAACCUUCGCAUCGAGUUCAAUCAGAUACCUAAGCAUCUAAAGUCUCUUUGGCAUCAGAAUUCGAGACUUAGCUGGAAUUUAAACGGAAAUACAAAAUACUUCCAUACGGUGGCUUCAAUGCAUUCGAAAAGUAAUUUGAUUUCUGAAUUUCUUAUUGGUGGUGUUUUGUAUUCUUCUCCUGCAAAUAUUAAACAGAUGGUCCAUUCUUAUUAUAAGAGUCUGUUUAAAAGGACAUUUUCUAUUCGAUUCUCUUUUGAUAGUCUUCCUAUCAAGUCACUUUCUGACUUGCAGGCUGCUUCAAUCUCGAUUCCCUUCUCUGAGGAGGACAUUUUUUCCACUCUUAUGAGUUGCGAUGACAAUAAAGCUCCGGGUCCUGACGGAUUUAAUUAUUGUUUCUACAAAAAAGCUUGGAAGACGUUAAAGAAUGAUUUCAUUGGCCUAUUCGGAGAUUUUUAUAAUUCAGCAGCUUUUCCGAUUGGCAUUAAUACGACUUUUAUUGUUUUGAUUCCUAAAUUUCAGGGUGCGAUGGACAUCGAAGGUUUUCGACAAAUUAGCUUGAUCAAUGGAGUUUUUAAGCUUAUAUCGAAGGCUCUAGCUAAUAGACUUUCUCCAGUUCUUCCUCUGGUCAUCUCUUAA